AUGUCUGGUGAAAAAGUUGAAACUCAUGAAUUUACAGCUGAGAUUUCUCAGUUGAUGUCAUUAAUUAUUAACACUGUUUAUUCAAAUAAAGAAAUUUUUUUAAGAGAAUUAAUUUCAAAUGCUUCUGAUGCUUUAGAUAAAAUUAGAUAUCAAGCUUUAAGUGAUCCAUCUCAAUUGGAAACUGAACCAGAAUUAUUUAUCAGAAUUAUUCCUCAAAAAGAUCAAAAAGUUUUGGAAAUUAGAGAUUCAGGUAUUGGUAUGACUAAAGCUGAUUUAGUUAAUAAUUUAGGUACUAUUGCUAAAUCUGGUACUAAAUCAUUCAUGGAAGCUUUAAGUGCUGGUGCUGAUGUUUCAAUGAUUGGUCAAUUUGGUGUUGGUUUCUAUUCAUUAUUUUUAGUUGCUGAUCAUGUUCAAGUUAUUUCAAAACAUAAUGAUGAUGAACAAUAUAUUUGGGAAUCAAACGCUGGUGGUAAAUUUACUGUUACCUUGGAUGAAAAAAAUGAAAGAUUAGGUAGAGGUACUAUGUUGAGAUUAUUCCUUAAAGAAGAUCAAUUGGAAUAUUUAGAAGAAAAAAGAAUUAAAGAAGUUGUUAAAAAACAUUCAGAAUUUGUUGCUUAUCCAAUUCAAUUAGUUGUUACUAAAGAAGUUGAAAAAGAAGUUCCAGUUGAUGUUGAAGAAGAAGAAGCUAAAGUUGAAGAAGAAGGUGACGAUAAAAAACCAAAAUUAGAAGAGGUUAAAGAUGAAGAAGGUGAAGAUAAAAAAGAAAAAACUAAAACUAUUAAAGAAGAAGUCACUGAAACUGAAGAAUUGAAUAAGACUAAACCUUUAUGGACUCGUAACCCACAAGAUAUCACUCAAGAAGAAUAUAAUGCAUUUUAUAAAUCAAUAUCUAAUGAUUGGGAAGAUCCAUUAGCUGUUAAACAUUUUUCAGUUGAAGGUCAAUUAGAAUUUAGAGCUAUUUUAUUUGUUCCAAAAAGAGCUCCAUUUGAUGCUUUUGAAUCUAAAAAGAAAAAGAAUAACAUUAAAUUAUAUGUUAGAAGAGUUUUUAUCACUGAUGAUGCUGAAGAAUUAAUUCCAGAAUGGUUAUCAUUUAUUAAAGGUGUUGUUGAUUCAGAAGAUUUACCAUUAAAUUUAUCAAGAGAAAUGUUACAACAAAAUAAAAUUUUAAAAGUUAUUAGAAAGAAUAUUGUUAAAAAAUUGAUUGAAACUUUUAAUGAAAUUUCAGAAGAUCAAGAACAAUUUGACAAAUUUUAUACAGCUUUUAGUAAAAAUAUUAAAUUGGGUAUUCAUGAAGAUUCUCAAAAUAGACAAGCUUUAGCCAAAUUAUUAAGAUAUAAUUCAACUAAAUCAACUGAAGAAAUGACUUCAUUAUCAGAUUAUGUUACUAGAAUGAAGGAUCAUCAAAAAAAUAUUUAUUAUAUUACUGGUGAAUCAAUUAAAGCUGUUGAAAAAUCACCAUUUUUAGAUGCAUUAAAAGCUAAAGGCUUUGAAGUUUUAUUUAUGGUUGAUCCAAUUGAUGAAUAUGCAAUGACUCAAUUGAAAGAAUUUGAAGAUAAAAAAUUGGUUGAUAUUACUAAAGAUUUUGAAUUGGAAGAAACUGAUGAAGAAAAAUCACAAAGAGAACAAGAAAUUAAAGAAUUUGAAUCAUUAACUAAAGCUUUGAAAGAUAUUUUAGGUGAUCAAGUUGAAAAAGUUGUUGUUUCAUAUAAAUUGGUUGAUGCACCAGCUGCGAUCAGAACUGGACAAUUUGGUUGGUCAGCAAAUAUGGAAAGAAUUAUGAAAGCCCAAGCUUUAAGAGAUACAACAAUGUCAUCAUACAUGUCAUCAAAAAAAACUUUUGAAAUUUCACCAAAAUCUCCAAUUAUUAAAGAAUUGAAAAAGAAGGUUGAAACUGACGGUGCUGAAGACAAAACAGUUAAAGAUUUAACUACAUUGUUAUUUGAUACUGCUUUAUUAACUUCAGGUUUUACAUUAGACGAACCAUCACAAUUUGCUCACAGAAUUAAUAGAUUAAUUUCAUUAGGUUUGAAUAUUGAUGAUGAUACUGAAGAAACUGCCUUACCAGAAGAAACUACAACUGCUACAACUGAAGAAGCAACUGGUGAAUCUGCUAUGGAAGAAGUUGAUUAA